UUGUACCUGGCCUACGGAUCCAACCUUUCGAACGAGACGUUCCGAGGCAAUCGCGGUAUCAAGCCGAUCUCGCAGAUCAACGUCCAAGUACCAUCAUUACGGCUGACGUUUGAUCUACCUGGUAUACCCUAUUCAGAGCCAUGCUUCGCCAACAACGAGAAGACGCCCUUGUUGACACACGCAUGGCAGCAGAAGGGACCAUACCGCAAAGACAGAUGGCACAAAGGCCUGAUAGGCGUGGUCUACGAGGUAACGGCGGAGGAUUAUGCGCACAUCAUCGCAACAGAAGGCGGUGGAUCCGCGUACCACGAUAUCGAAGUUGACUGCCAUCCAUUUGUUUCCACUGACCCUAGCAGUCCCGUCCCGCAAAACCCAACACUACCCGCGUUCAAGUCACACACGCUCUUUGCACCUGCAGCACCACCAGGCCAGGACCCCCCCAAGUAUGGUGGGCGUCUUCAGCGUCCGGAUACUAGCUACGCGCAACCUUCGGCUCGCUACCUGAAGCUCAUCGCGGAUGGCGCAGCAGAGUUGGGCUUGCCGUACGAGUAUCAAGACUAUCUGCACUCUAUACGUCCGUUCACGGUCACAAGCAACAAGCAGCGGGUGGGACAGUAUGUGCUGCUCUCGGUAUGGUUGCCAAUUGUGGUACUGGUGUUCAUGAUGAUACGGAUGUUCGAGGAUGAGGAUGGGCGGCUCCCGCAAUGGAUGGCUGAGUUCAGUGGCGCGGUAUUCAAGGGUGUGUGGUCAAGCUAUGACGCCUUCUUCAAGCCGAUGUUUGGAGAUGGUGAACGAUCUAUCGCAGAU